AUGCUCAAAACCUUCCGUAUUAGUGGAUAUUUAUCAUUUUUUAAAAGAGAUUUAAUUAUGCAUAUUCCUCACGGGAUUCAUGCGUCAAUCUUGGAAAACUCUCAAUUUACACCGUCUGAUCUCCUUCAUUUGGCUUUAUCUUGUCGUCAAUGGGCAAAAUAUGCUCUUUCUCAUUUAUGGAGAGCUCGAAAAUUUAUGGACAAUUCGCUUCUUCAACAAUUUAUAUCAACCCUUUCUGAAUCUAACCGAAAAAAAUUAUUAUUUCCAUACGGGGAAUAUGUAACAAAAAUUCAGUUAGAGGAGGCAGAAAAAGAACCUUCAAUACAUAUUGAUGCUGAGUUGAUUAAUUUCUUAGCCAAUGCUUGCCCAAAUCUUAAAGACAUUCAAUUGAAAUUUUCUUUAAAGACUCGUACUAAUAAACCUUGGAAGUUACCUUUGAAUCUUUUAAGUGAUAGAUUGAUUCGUCUCAAUUUAACCACUUAUGAACAUAUAGCUAAUGAUAUUGAUGUUCCUGAUGAUUGUAACAAAGUUGCAAACAUUGAAAAUGGAGUAUCAACUCCUCAGAACUUUGCUCGAAGUAUUGCAAAUUUAUUCACCGCUAGCUCCAAACCAAAACAAAGUAAUGUAGAUGAUUUUAAUAAUGAUGAUGACAAUUUUGAUGCAUUGUGUGAAGCUGUACUUCCCGGUAAUAUUAAUAGCAUUAGGUUAUAUUAUCCGAGAAUGACUCUAAAUAUUUGGGAGAGGUUCACUAAAUGUGCUGGUAAUUCUCUUCUGUCUAUUCGAAUAAUUUUCAAUCAUGCUACCAUGACAUUUGAAGAUCCAUCAGAAAUUGCUACCUUAUUUGGCAAAUAUUGUAAAAAUUUGAGAAGAUUUGAUUUGGAAGCUCUUCAAUGUCCUCUAAUUUCUUGUUCAGCAAUGUCUUUUAUGUUUGAUAAUUGUUUAAAAUUAGAAGCAAUUGAUGCUCCCAUUCCUGGAGAAGUAUUAGAUAUAAUUCAUACAUCUAAAUCAUUAAAAUCUAUUUCUUUUUCUGAUGUUGUUCAAGGACAAUCUUUAAAAGCAACUUUUAAAAUGAAUAAUCUUCAAAGUCUUUGUUUGUUGAAGAUUGAUGGUCCUUGUGACCUUUCAUUUCUUGAAAUGUUUCCAAACCUUCAACAUUUACAAAUCUGGGAUUUUUCUUCGUUCAACGAUGAUUCUUCUAGAAAAAUUAGUCAAUCUUCUAUCACAAAAUUAGAUCUUUUAAAACCUACAAACAUUUUCGAUGAAGCUUUAGUUACAUUCGCAUCAAUGACUAAAUUAAUUGAUUUCACUAUACGUGAUAGACUACCAAAUGUUACCUCAAAUGGUUGGUUAUCAUUCGUGAAUCGACCAAUUGGAUGUCCAUCAUGGGUUAAUCUUUCAAUAGGCGAUGGUAGAAAAGUUAGUACUGAAUUUUUUGAAGUUUUAGACAGGAGACAUGAAAAUUUGGAAGUUUUAGUUGUUAGAGGGUUAACUGGUGAAAAUCUAGAUGAUUCAGUAAUGCAAAAAUUAAAAUUUGCGGGUGCUUGGAAUCAUUGUAAAAGAAGCUCUCAUUUACAUUUACGUUGGCCUAAACAAGAAAAAAGACCUAAUGUUGUUGAAAUAGCUAGUUAUAGGAGUUAUUAG